UCGGGGUAUUCUGAAGUCGGCUCUCAAUUCACCCCCCGGCACCGGGCAAGGCAUCUAAACCAGGUGGAUGUAGAAGCUGCGGUGCGGGCAGGCAGGCAGGCAAUUGGACGUGUGCUGGUCGGUGGCAACAGAACAGAGGGCUCAGUGCGGGCUGCCAUGGCUUUAUAGUGGAGGAAACUGACGCUGAAACAACAGCGGCAGAAGAGGUCGAGGAGCCGGGUUCACGACUUGCCUCUUCACCGGAGGAUCUGAAGGAGCUCACUCACUCACUCACUCGCCGCCUGUUGCCGUGAAGGAGCCCCAGACCGCGGCCUUGCCCCGGGCCUCCGCCGUCAAGGAGCUCCAGGCCUGUUUCCGUGAAGAAGCUCCGGGCCGCUGCCUUGAAGGAGCCCUAGGCCGCGGUCGGGAUGGUGGCACCACGGGCAUGUCUGUCCAAAGUGUUCUCCUAUGUCCCCUUCCUGCUGGUUCUCAUCGAUCUUCAGUGUGAAGGAAUAGAAGGAGGUAUAAAUGCUGAAGUUGAAAAACACCUUGAAAUGGGGAAGAAACUUUUGGCUGCAGGACAGUUAGCAGAUGCAUUGUCACAUUUUCAUGCUGCUGUAGAUGGAGAUCCUGAUAACUAUGUUGCCUAUUACAGACGUGCCACAGUCUAUCUAGCUAUGGGUAAAUCAAAGUCUGCUCUUCCAGACCUAAGUAAGGUCAUUGAGCUGAAACCAGACUUCACAUCUGCAAGGUUACAGAGAGGAAAUCUGCUACUAAAACAAGGGAAGUUAAAUGAAGCUGUGGAAGACUAUAAGAAAGUGUUACUAUCUAACCCCAGUGAGAAAGAGGCAAAUGAAGCCAAGUCCCAAUUAACGAAAGCCGAUGAAUUGCAAAGGAUAAUUACACAGGCACGAGCUGCCUUUGACCAGCAGGAGUACACCGCUGCGAGUGAAUUACUAGACAUUCUUAUUGAGACUUGUGUUUGGGAUUCUGAGUUAAGAGAACUCCGGGCAGAAUGCUACAUACAGCUUGAUGAAAGUGGAAAAGCAAUAAGUGAUUUGAAAGCAGCAUCAAAACUUAAAUAUGACAACACUGAAGCAUUCUACAAAAUUAGUAUAAUUUAUUAUCAGCUUGGAGAUCAUGAGUUGUCUCUUGGUGAAAUUCGGGAAUGCCUCAAAUUGGAUCCGGAUCACAAACAAUGUUUUGCCCAUUAUAAGCAAGUGAAAAAACUUAACAAGCAAUUGACAACAGGAGAAGAUCUCGUAAGACAAGAAAAAUUCUCUGAUGCUAUUAAUAAAUAUGAAUCUGCCAUGAAAACUGAGCCAAAUGUUUUUCAUUACACUUUGUAUGCAAAGGAAAGAAUUUGCCAUUGUCACUCAAAGAACGAACAAGCAAAGGAAGCUAUCAGAUCUUGCACGGAAGUAUUGGAACAAGAUGCAGGCAAUAUCAAUGCCUUGAAAGACAGGGCAGAAGCUUAUAUUUUAGAGGAACAGUAUGAAGAAGCGAUCAAAGACUUUGAAGUUGCAAGGGACCACAAUGACAAUGAUCAAGGAGUAAAAGAAGGACUGGAAAGGGCACAGAAACUUCUAAAGCAGUCACAAAAGAAAGACUACUAUAAAAUACUAGGCGUAAAAAGAAACGCUAAAAAACGGGAGAUAAUAAAAGCGUACAGAAAACUAGCAAUGCAGUGGCAUCCUGAUAACUUCCAGGAAGAAAAUGAGAAGAAGCAAGCUGAAAAAAAAUUCAUAGACAUAGCAGCUGCUAAAGAAGUACUCACAGAUCCAGAGAUGAGAAAGAAGUUUGAUUCGGGGGAAGAUCCUCUGGAUCCAGAAAAUCAACAGGGUGAAGGUGGUCAACACUUUCAUCGAUCUUGGAAUCAAUGGCAAGGGUUCAAUCCGUUUGGCUCAGGAGGACCUUUUAAUUUCAAAUUUCAUUUUAACUAAUUCUUGAGUAUUGGCUGCUCAUUUCUGGAAAGGACUUCAGAAGAUCAAGUGUUGAAUGUGAUGCCAGAGACCUAGUCUUCAUAUUUAAACAGUGUAACCCUUUUGCUCAGCCAAAAAUGUCCAGCAUAUAGUAUUUUACAGAUGUGAGAGUUUUGAAAUAUUUUCCUGAAAAAUAAUGAAAAGCAAUGUACACAUUUAAUAAAGACAAUUGCCUUAUAAAUCUGACCCCACUUAAAACAAUUUAUUCUCCUGAAUAUUUUCUUAUUGCAUAGGUGAUGUGAAAACGUCUUCAGCAAAGUAACAAAUCAUCAGUGAAAUAUGGGAUUAAGUGGCAAUAGUACCAUCAAUGUGUCUUAAUAACUAGACCAAGGACUAUUUGAAUAACGUCUGAUAGGAUUGAGGUGGACAAUGACACGCCAAAUUAAAUGUUUGACCUUUUUGUAUUGGGAAAAUUCAUAGUAGAGCUUGCACUUUUUAAAACAAAGUUGUAUUCAUUUGAUGUAAAGAUCUAAAGAGCUUACCUUUUUACAUGCACUUGGGGUAUUUCAUUCAUUAUGUGAUCCACUUAAGUUGAGGGUAAUGGAUUAUUCUCACUACUGUAAAGGCAAAAAUACGAUUAUUUGCCAUACAGUCAUUUGGUUGGAUCCUCUUCACAAUUUUGGUGGACAUUUGGGAAUUUGAAGUGUUGUUUGUGCUAUAAACCUAUAUUGGUUUUUAAAUUGAUGAAAAUAAUGGAGUUGCUGCAGAUAAUACCUUCAUCACUCAAAAUAGAAAGAAGACCUUAAGUUGAAUAUAUAUAAUUUAUUCGAAAAGAUUGAAACACUAGCUUGGUGGCAAAUUAUUUGCGUGCCUUAAUUAUGGCUGUUCCAUUCUUUGUACAAACUCCCUAUUCCAUGGUCUGUGAAUGUUUGUAGAUGGAGCUAUGAUUUCUCUUUAAACCAGCCACCUCCAUUUUCAACAUUUGAGGAGUAGCACACUGUUUAAAUGUUCAAUGAUAUCAUUUUUAAAGUCUCUAAUUUAAUAGGAACUUAACCUUUCUGAAGUGUGCUUUGAGUGUUUUCUAUUCAUGUGAUACAUUAGAAAACUUCAUGUUUGAAAUUACAGAUGUGUACUUUUUUGAUCAGACUAGUGUUGAAUUUAGAAAAUAUUCUAAUGCCUUAUUUGUUCUGAGGACAUAUUUAAUGCCAGGUCUAAAAAAGACAUCUCAUGUACAUUAUUUCGGACAGAAGGUUUAUGCUGUCAAAAUCCUAUAUGCUUUCUAUCUGAGAAGUGUCUGCCAAUGGACUUUAGAACAUUGAAUGUGUAUGACAUCUUCGGUUUCCAGUUGCUGAAAAAAAUCCAUGUAUUCUCGACGUAUUGCACAAAACAAUUUGGAUUUUUUUCAUGUUUUUUCAGCUUUUUAGGCUUGUUUUGACACUUGGUAUCUGAUACGAGAUUUAAAAUUACUCAAGAUUACAUAGAAAUGACGAUGCAACCAAGCUUUGCUUCAAAAUUUAGUUUUACAGGUUUUGGGAUUAUUUCUCGCCCCCCUCCUCCCCCACCACCCCAUCCCACCAAACUUUGUUCUGGAUUUUCAGCUCUUUCAAUGCUAUCAUAAAUACAAAUUCUGGAUAGAUUGUCUAAUCUUUCCAUUUAUAAUGGUGAUGAAUGAGUUUACUCAUUACCAAUGCAUGAAAUGGUUAUGUCAAAUAGUUCUAAUAAAAAGUUUGAAUAAAGAUUAUUGUACAUUUUUAUGCUUC